AUGCUUCAUUAUUCUAGGAUAAAGUUUGCGUGGCACAUUGUAUUUCACUUAUUAUCUACAUUUACAGUGACAUUCGAUACUCAAUCUUUACCCGUUUCAAUUCUACGAAAUUCAAUUCAGCAUUGGUUUACACCGAUUAUGGAUGAAUAUUAUGAUGGCGUUACUACUAAUACUACUACUUCUAAUACUACUAAUGAAUUGAAACAAUAUUGGACAAAUCCAACACAACAAUUAACUACUCAUAAUUUUCAAAAGCCAAUACAAUUCUCACAAGGUAUAUGGUCAUCACAUAAUACUGCUGAGACAUUAAUUCCAUCUAUACAGCAAUCUAUCAAUUUUACAACCAAUGAAUUCAUGUCUAAAUUACCUUUGACAAAUUUUAAUUUAGAAUCAGAUCAUGAAUCAUUUAAUGUCAAAGAAAAAUGUUUAAAUUUGGAAAUCAUGAAUUCAAAUGUACAAUUAAAAAAUCCUUCAAAUUAUACUCUUGAUAAUCAUGUUAUAUCAUCAGCUUACAAUACAUGGUCGAAUUCAAUGUUGAAUAAUCACGGUAAUAAUAAUAAUAAUAAUAAUGAUCCUAGAUUUUCAAAUACGAAUUUACUGAAAUCUUUUCAAAAUGAUCUCAAACAAUUAACUUCUAGUUCCACUGAAAAGUUCUAUCAUAAUCAUGAUUUUUCAUAUUCUACAGUCAUCAAUCGUAGUGAUAACAACACCACUAACAGUAGUCAGAAUAUCAUGUUACCGAUAAAUACAAAUUUAAUACAAUCGAAUUUAUUCAUGAAUCAUAUAAAUUAUGAAAAUUCCAAUGAUUUAGAUAAUGAAUCAUCAAACUGUUCAAGUGCAUCAUAUAAUAGCACCGGUACUAUGCAUAGAUUACGAUCGUUCUCUUCAACAAGAUCCAAUGCCAGAUUAUUUUAUCGAUCGAAUCGUAUUAAAAUUAUGCAUAUAAGAAAAAAUGGACGUUUUAAAGGUCAAAGUUUGCAUGCAUUUCAAAGACAAGCAGCUAAUAUGCGUGAACGAAGACGGAUGCAAUCGAUUAAUAAAGCAUUUGAAGGUUUACGAUCACAUAUACCAACAUUACCAUAUGAGAAACGUUUAUCCAAAGUAGACACACUUAGAUUAGCUAUUGGUUAUAUACAUUUUUUACAAGAUAUUGUUCAAGCACAUUCAAAAGAUGACACAACAUGGAAAGAUAUCAACACUAAUUCUGAUACAAAUUCUGAUAAUCAUAAUGAUUAUGACAAUGAAGAUGGUGAUAUUGAUAGUAAUGAAAUGUUUAAUGGAGGAAAUCAUUCGAAUAGUAUAAUGAAUAAAAAGAAUUUAUUUAAUUCUUCAACAUUCACAAAAAUUUCAUCGACAUGUUCCGGAAACUCGAAACACGACCGUUCUUUUACAAUGAACAAAUUCAAUUCACCUCACAAUUUAGAAGGUGACAAUCAAAUUCAUAGAGAAAGAAAGAUUAUUUUAAAUCUACCUAAAAACAUAUUAGAAAUAAUGAUGAGACACAGGAAUGAUACAAAGAAUUUUGAAGAGCUUUCUCAUAUUAAUGAUAAAUCACAAACAACCAAUGAUCUUUAUCGUCAAUCAGAACAAAUUCUAUUUGGACAUAGUUUAAGUUGGCAUCGUGAUAGUCCACCAUGGAGUCGAAACUAUUCAUCAAAUUCUUCUAAUAUUUUGGUCGCCAAAUUAUGGAUUCCAGAAAAACUUGACUGUAUAAAAGCUAUUUAA